AUGUCAAGCAUGGAAGGAAGCUGUAGCGGACCUCGCUGGACGGAGCAUGAAACCAACCCGGCACCUGAGGUUAUGGUUCACUCAGCCCCUGAGCCCGUUCAUAUCCCAAUGAACGUUGGAAACAACAGCAGCAAUAAUGGCAUCCCGGUUGAGCCAGAUGGAGAUAUUGCCGUGCCGAACGAUGCUGAACGGGCAGUCCGGCUCGACUCGGAGCGACGCUUGCGCUUAUGGAACUGGAAAAUAAUCACUGGCACUUGCAUCGGACUGAUCAUCCUCGCCAUCACGAUCCCAGUUGUCGUCACAGUCACUGCGACCAAUCGAGGCCGUAACGGUGACAACGUCGAGACCACUGCCGCUCUGUCAGCCACGUCAUUUCCUGGACCUUCUAUCACAUCCUCGUCCUAUACAACGGACCCAUCUCCCUCCUCGACACUGAAUCCCUACCAAAUUGCUAAUCACCUGAGGAUGCAGGCUCCUGAAUGCGUCCGAACAAAAUUUAUCAAGUCCGUCACUUGGAUCGGCAUCGACCAGAGUAUGGGCGGCUGGGACUUCAAUCUACACCCGGCUAGAACUGCCGAGGAAUGCUGCACCAUAUGUCACCAGUCAACCCACGAUGGAUGCAACGGAUGGCUGUACAUGCCCGAGAAAUCCUUCACCCCCGAGUGUUCCAUUAUACAUGGAUUCAGCGGUCCGACGAAGAGCGACUCCUGCCCAAAUGGCCGUCCCGGUAUUGUUUUUGCAAAGACAGACGACAAGGACAGUUAUGGAGGACCAGGCCCUUGUGCGGGCUUAGUGCGGGGAUGA